AUGCCCAGUGAAACUCUCUGGGAAAUUGCAAAAGCUGAAGUGGAAGAACGGAGAAGUGGUGGAAGUGAAGGUGAUGGAGUUGAAAUUGGAGAAAAGUCUGUUUUCUUCAUUGGCAGUAAAAAUGGGGGAAAGACUACUAUUAUUCUAAGGUGUCUUGACAGGGAUGAGCCACCAAAACCAACCUUAGCUUUGGAAUAUACGUAUGGAAGAAGAGCAAAAGGACAUAACAUACCGAAAGAUAUUGCUCACUUUUGGGAGCUAGGUGGAGGAACAUCUUUACUGGAUUUAAUCAGCAUACCAAUCACAAGUGACACCUUACGGACGUUUUCUAUUGUCCUUGUUUUGGAUCUUUCAAAACCUAAUGACCUUUGGCCCACCAUGGAAAAUCUGUUGCAAGCCACAAAACUGAACGUAGAUAAAGUGAUGAUGAAACUGGGGAAGAAGAAUUCUAAAGCAGCUUCUGAAAUGAGACAGAAGAUGUGGAGCAACAUGCAGAAGGACCACCCAGAUCGUGAAUUAAUUGACCCAUUUCCAAUUCCUCUGGUCAUAAUCGGAAGUAAAUACGAUAUUUUUCAGGAUUUUGACUCUGAGAAGAGGAAGGUAAUAUGCAAGACACUUCGAUUUGUUGCACAUUAUUACGGAGCAUCAUUAAUGUUUACCAGUAAAUCAGAAGCUCUAUUACUAAAAAUACGUGGAGUUAUUAACCAAUUGGCAUUUGGCAUCAACAAAAGCAAAUCAAUAUGUGUGGAUCAGAAUAAACCUCUGUUUAUCACAGCAGGAUUGGAUUCUUUAAGUCAGAUAGGAUCCCCGCCUCUUCCUGAUAAUGACAUUGGAAAGUUUCAUGCCCGUUCACCAAUGGAUCUAUGGAAAAAAGUGUAUGAAAAGCUCUUUCCACCAAAGAGUAUCAACACACUAAAAGAUGUCAAGGACCCUGCACAAGACCCUCAGUAUGCUGAAAGUGAAGUUGAUGAGAUGAGAAUUCAGAAGGAUCAGGAACUGGAACAGUACAAAAGAAGUUCUUCCAAGUCUUGGAAACAAAUUGAGCUUGAUUCCUGA